GACGAGAAUACUGCUUGAUUCUCUAACACUGCAAGUGUGGGCGAGCGUAUUAUCGCAAUAGUUCGACACUUGUGUUCUGCUUAGAGGCUCAAAUCUCACUGCGGUUUUUGGUAAUCCGAAGAAACCCAGUGCCUUGACGAGCGCAAAUGCCCAAAAAGAAGGGCAAGUCAGCAGAGCAAAAAGCUCAGAAGCUGGCAAAGCAAUCAAAGAAAGCUGCAAAAGGCGAGAAGAAGAAUAAAGCAAAAGCAGCAGCUCUCAAUGUUGACUCAGAUGCCGAUGACGAUGUUGACCUUGACGCCGUCCUCGCAGCCUAUGCUGAAGAGCAGGCCAAGUUUCUCAAAGUCACAGAGUCUCAGUGCGCCCCGCCAGGGCCGAGAUCAUCAAGUACUCUGACUGCAUCACCGUCGAGCCGUAACGAGCUAUUUCUGUUUGGCGGAGAGUAUCAUGAUGGCACGACAGCCUCUUUCUACAACGACCUCUUUGUCUACUUGAUUGACAGAGGUGAGUGGCAUCAAGUGAGUUCAGGCAACAGUCCUCUUCCUCGUAGUGGGCAUGCAGCGUGCCGGGGAGGAAACACAGGAGGUAUCUACAUAUCCGGCGGCGAGUUUUCCUCACCCAAGCAGAACCAGUUUUACCAUUACCACGAUUUCUGGCAUUUGGACACCGAUACUAGGGAGUGGACGAAACUAGAGCCGAAAGGGAAGAACAAGAGCCCUCCAGCGCGCAGUGGCCACAGAAUGACCUAUUUCAAAAACUAUGUGGUGCUUUUCGGUGGUUUCCAAGAUACGUCUCAACAGACCAAAUACCUCAAUGAUACCUGGAUCUUCGACUGCAAGGAGAAUCUCUGGCACGAAUUCAAACUUCCUCCAGCAGCACAGAAACCCGAUGCGAGGUCGUCCUUUACCUUUCUGCCUCACGAGUCGGGUGCUGUCCUUUACGGAGGCUACUCGCGAGUCAAAGUGACAGCUACAAGUAGCAAGCAAGGAAAAGGAGGCGGGCAACUUGUCAGAAAUGUUCUGAAGCCAGUCGUCCACCAAGAUACAUGGUUCCUCAGAAUAACACCCCCUCCCUCGGAUGCUCCCAGUGGUACAGCUCCCACGUUGCGUUGGGAACGACGAAAACGGCCAGCCAAUGCGCCUAAUCCACCUCGUGCUGGAGCAACAAUGUCUUUUCAUAAAGGACGUGGCGUACUAUUAGGGGGUGUUCAUGAUGUUGAGGAAAGCGAAGAGGGUAUUGACAGUGAACUCUUCAAUGAAAUGUUCAUCUGGAAUAUUGACCGCAACCGCUUCUUCCCACUUACACUCAGACGACCGAAAGCGGGGAACAAGAAACAGAAUCAGGCAGCUCGAGGCCGGGACAGAGGGAAAGCCGACGAGGAAGAACUUCUACGAAACCUUGCGGCCCUUGAAACUAAAGGCACAAUAACUACGAUGGAGGACCUGAAUCUCAACCAGUCUGAAGAGGCCCGAGAGGAAUCACCUCCGAACAAAAAGGAGUAUCCUGUACGCUUCGAAAUGCCACAUCCUCGCUUCAAUGCGCAAUUGACGGUCCAGGAUGAUGUUCUAUACAUUUUUGGAGGCACCUUUGAGAAGAAGGAUGUCGAGAUCACAUUUUCCGAUCUCUACGCCAUAGAUCUUGGUAAACUUGACGGAGUGAAAGAACUAUACUACGUCGAACCAGCCAACUGGAACGUCACCACCCAAGAUAGUGACGAUGAAAUGGAUGAUGAUGAAGACGAGGACGAGGAUUCAGACAUGGACACAGAUGAAGAUGAGACCAUGUCCGUCGAUGCACCGUCCACUGCGCCAACAGAAGUCACUGUUCCGGUCCCUGAACCCGAAGCAGCAAUAGAGGUUGAAACAGAAUCUGAUGCAUCGAAGGACUCACGGCCGUAUCCUCGUCCCUUUGAGUCACUGCGAGACUUCUAUGCGCGAACGUCAGAAGAGUGGCAGAGACUGGUGAUCGAAAGCAAAAAGGGUGCAGUAGAUCAAUCCGUCAAAGAGCUUCGCAAAGCAGCGUUCGAGCAAGCGGAAGACAGAUGGUGGGAUUGCCGAGAAGAGAUCCGUGACCUGGAAGAUGAGCAAGAGGCUGCUGGGAUCGGCGAGAUUGUCAAUAUAUCUGAUCGAGCUGGCGCAGCAGAGGGCGGAGCAAGCAGACGACGUUGAAUCAUUCACUUACAGGACGUCACAACACAGUCGUUGUACUCCGUAUAUAGUACUGUGAGAACAUGGUCGUGAUAGCCGCGAUGUGAAUAGAUGACUGUUAGAUUAAGCGUAUGAAGAACCUCUUUGAUGCUUAUACGCAAAUCAAAGUCUCGACAUCGAUAUAAACCUGCUCGAGG